GCUCUGCAAAGGAAAAGACUCGGCACUUCUGUCAUGUUUCGUGCAAGACAUGCUUGCUCGGAGUGCUGUCCUCAACCAGUCCGGCCCCACUGAGUUUGUAUUCCGCAUGUUCACAGCCGUCCCCGAAUUCCAGGCGCUCCUCUUCCUCCUCUUCCUCCUGCUCUACCUGAUGAUCCUUUGUGGCAACACAGCCAUCAUCUGGGCGGUGUGCACACACAGCUCCCUGCGCACCCCCAUGUAUUUCUUCCUGUCCUGCUUGUCCUUCGUGGAGAUCAGCUACACCACCGUGGUGGUGCCCUUACUACUCUCCAACGUCUUUGGAGCCCCGAAGCCCAUUUCUCUGGCUGGCUGCGGGGCCCAAAUGUUCUUUUUUCUCACUCUUGGGGGUGCUGACUGUUUUCUCUUGGCAAUCAUGGCAUACGAUCGCUACGUGGCCAUCUGCCACCCACUGCACUACACCCUCAUCAUGACCCAGAAGCUGUGCAUCCAGAUGGUGGCCUGCGCUGUGGCUCUGGCGCUCUACUUGUCCCUGCAGCUCACAUCCUUAAUCUUCACCUUGCCCUUCUGCGGGCGCCUCUGGGAAAUCAACCACUUCCUCUGCGAUGUGCCUCCAGUCCUGCGGCUGGCCUGCGCGGACAUCCAUGUGCACCAGACCGUCCUCUAUAUUGUGAGCAUCCUCGUGCUGGUCGUCCCCUUCAGCCUUAUUUCUGUUUCCUACGUGUUCAUCACCUUGGCCAUCCUGCGCAUCCGUUCGGCUGAGGGUCGCAGCCGGGCCUUCUCCACCUGCUCCUCCCACCUCACGGUGGUCUUGCUGCAGUAUGGCUUCUGUGCCUUGGUCUACCUGCGUCCCCAGUCUGGCGCCUCCGUGGAUAAGGACCGCCAAUUUGCCCUCAUUUACACUUUUGUCACUCCCUUACUCAACCCCCUGAUUUACACCCUUAGGAACAAGGAUGUCAAAGAUGCUCUGAGAAAUGCCAUUAUCAGUAAAUCGGCCUCGGACACCCAUUGAAGGCUUAGGGGGACUGGGGUGGGUGUCUGUAUGUCGCCAUGAUAAUAAACUCCAAAAGGCAAAUGUAGAAUUAGAACACUGAUUUUUCUGACACUUUAAAGUUGAUAUUUCUAUUUUGUGAUAUUUGCACCAUGUCCACCCACAAUCCACACCCACUUUCCUGGAGUGCUUUAAAUAAGACUUGAAAUUUUGAACCAAACUUUCAGUGGAGGAGCCCUAGUCUGUCAGCGUUAAUUGAAAGGUAUACAGUUCAGGCAUGGGGCUUGCUCUGGCAGGGAACCCUCACCCCAUACACGAUGUGAAUAAAGGUUGAUGCUUUCAAAUAGCCUGUCCCCUAAGGAUGCAAUGAUAUUAACUGAGAUUGUGAAAGAUGCCUCAAAUAAAGACUAUUUAUGAAGACAUAUAUUUUACUCAAAGAAAUACACUUUAUUAUUAAGAUACAAAUGUAUGGCAAACAACUUAUUUGAUGCAUUAAUUUCCUUCACUCCAUGCAUCCCAGCUGGUCACCUUCCUUUUCUUUCAUUCUUACACACCAAGGAGAGAUCAGAAUUAGUAUUCAUAGACAAGGCACUCACACUACGUGUUAGCUCUGUGAGAGUGUGGAAGAUGGCAUGUGGUUGAUGCCCACACUCCUGCUUGAGCUGGCUGUGCUGGUGGCUUCAGGUAGUCAGUCUUGCUCUUCCUCCUUCCUCACCCCUCCCUGUGCCCUCAUAGUGGCUGCUGCUCAGAGAUACCCUCAGCAGGUGGUGCCACUGUUCCUCCCACCUCAGCAAGGUCCUGUUGCAGAUGGUUGUAGCAUCUUCCUGUCCCUGUGCCCCAACCACAGAUAAACCCUCAAGGUACCAAUGGAAUGGGCUCCUUUCUCUAGUGUUCAUGGCCAACAGCAUGCUGCUCAGCCUUCUCAUUUAUAACCUGAGAAACAAUGAGGUGAAGAGGACUCCUAGGACAGUUGUUAACAAAGGAUGCCCUUGCCCAGAACAACUAUCAGGCAGGGGUCUGGAUCCAGCCCCUGAAGUUGAUGUUGCCUAGCAGCAACUCCAGGAGGAAGAGUGACAAUGCCUGCCAGUGGAGAUUGCAAGUGAUUGAAAAAAUUGGUGUAAUCCUUCCGAAUGUAAUAGAGCUAAGUGUACCGAAUCCUGGAAAAGUUUCUAUUCUCUGAUUCAAUCAUUCUUAUUCUAAAAUCACAACCUCAAAAAAUUAAGUUUAGUCAAAACUAAAAAUAUAGGGCAGUGGAUUUCUUUUAUAAAC